CGCUGCCCCGCCUGCCCUCCUCGCCCACCUCCCUUCUCUUUGGACAAUUUCCUAUUUGUUCUUUGUUUUUCUUGAUCUCCAAUGCCGAUUUCCGUACUCCAAUUCAGAAACAUGUUUCCAAUAUAAAUACCCACUCUCCCUCAUUCCUUCCUCAGCCUUCAACCACAUCUGGUUCCAAUGGCGUCGCCUUCAUCGCCAUUACCCCAUCUUCUGCUUUUUCCAUACCCAGCUCAGGGCCAUAUGCUUCCACUUCUUGAUCUCACCCAUUUCUUAGCUUCUUAUGGUUUCCCCAUCACCGUUUUGGUUACCCCCAAGAACCUCCCCAUCCUUCAACCUCUUCUUUCAGCCCACCCUGCUGUCCAAACCCUUGUUCUCCCCUUCCCUUCUGUCCCCGGUUUGCCUCCCGGCGUCGAGAAUAUCAAAGACAUCGGCAACGAAGGCAACGUCCCCAUCAUAGUGGCUCUCCGCCAACUCCAAGACCCCAUUGUUGCGUGGUUCAAAUCCCACCCUUCACCUCCCUCCGCCAUCAUUUCUGAUUUCUUCCUUGGAUGGACCCAAUCUCUCGCCCAAAAGCUUCAAAUUCCUAGAGUCUCCUUCUUCUCCUCUGGCUGUUGGGUCGUUGAUGUCCUCGAUUACUGUUGGCGUCACGUACCUUCCGAAGAGUUCCGUAAAUCCCCAGUGAAGCAUAUGGCUGAAUUGCCCAAUUCCCCCUCCUUCACUAAUCAGGACUUGCCGGAAUUUGCCACCGCGUACCGGGAUUCUGACCCACUAUUCAGUACCAUAAGAGCCGACUGGUUUGAAGCUAGGACCUGCUGGGCUCAUGUUUUCAAUACCUUCGACGAGUUGGAGCCCGAGUACUUGGAGUUCUACAGGAAAUUAAACAACAACAAGAAUGUAUUUGGAGUUGGACCGCUAAGCCUCGUCAAAGGGCACAACCCAACUGUGGAAUCGAGUUCAGAUGAGGUUCUGAAAUGGCUUGAUGAACGCCCCGAUGGUUCGGUGCUAUACAUUAGUUUUGGGAGUCAAAAGCAACUGAAUCAGCAGCAAAUGGAAGCACUGGCAUCCGGGAUUGAGAAAAGCGGGACUCGAUUCGUGUGGGUGGUUAAGACAAUUCGUCAAACAGAUGGUGGGUCCGACGGAAUCCCAAUCGGGUUUGAGGAUCGGGUGUCUGGUCGUGGAAUGGUGGUGAAGAGAUGGGUACCACAGGAGGCGAUACUGAGGCACAGAGCCGUGAGAGGGUUUCUGAGCCACUGCGGGUGGAACUCUAUACUGGAGAGCCUAGCGAGUGGAGUACCAAUAUUUGCUUGGGCCAUGGAAGGAGACCAAAUGAUGAACUCGAAGAUAUUGGUGGAUCAGAUUGGAGUGGCGGUGCAAGUCUGUCAUGGGGAUAACUCGGUGCCUGACCCGGACCAACUGGGGGAGGUCCUCGCCGAGUCUUUCAACUCCGACAAACUGAAAGCCAAAGCCAGAGCUCUGAGCAAAGCCGUGGCGGAUGCAACUGGCCCCAAUGGGAGUUCAUUGAGGAACCUGCAAGAAUUUGCCAAGAAGCUGGCCAGCCUUCCUCCACCAACCAAGUGACUUCGCUGCCAACUCAUGUGUAUGGCCUUGUCUUUAUUUCAAAUAAAAUUGACCGAACCUUAAUUGUCUUCCCUUGGUUCUUGCUUUUCAACAUCUGGUCUACUGUUUAUCUUAGUCUAUUCGAAAUUCCAACUUUUUCAAUCAGUUUAUA